GUGACAUAUUACAUUAUCGUUAAAUAUCUUAAAAUAUUCUUGUUUACCAACAUACUCUAUUUUAUUCCUUUAAACCUCGAAGCAGCGAUAGAGCCCAACAAUAUACAAACAGCCUUAUAUCGCGCCUGCGUGAGAGCUGUUCAUGGGUUGGAUCAAUCAAAGUCGACGUUGCAGUCGGCAUUUCCAUCUACGCCGCCGCACGGAGGGAGAGAAACUCCCACAACGCCGACAAGAUCAUCCCGAAGCGCUGGAUGCGCGAAGAUCCUGUACAUGACAAUGACAAGAGAGAGGCCUUGCAGCCUUUCUCCCACGGACCGCGCAACUAUACUGGCCGCAAUCUUGCCUACGAGGGGAUGAAGCUGGUCAUUACAAAUCUUCUUUGGCACUCCGAAAUAGAGUGCUGCGACCAAGGAAACUGGCUGGAUCAAAAGAUCUACUGUGGUUUGGGAGAAGCGGCCAUUGAAGAUGAAGCGCAAACCCGUCAAAGCCAACUAAAGCUUAGCGCUAUAUCCUGCUAAAGGAGGCGUAUCAUGAGACUUUAAGUAAGCAUCCUGAUCUUUUAUGUGAGAAACGAUUGUGGAAGAUGACUAAAUGUGACGGUGGUGAUGGG